AAUCUUUUGGGGCAAGAUACUACAAAUCCUUCUAUAGAAGCAAUAAGCUUAGACAUGAAACAACAGGAGCUUGAUGGCAGGUGCAUUCAAAUCAGGAAUUUGCAUAAAGUGUAUGAUACUAAAAAAGGAGAUUGCUGUGCUGUUAACUCAUUACAACUGACAUUAUAUGAAAAUCAGAUUCUCGCUCUUCUAGGACAUAAUGGUGCUGGGAAAAGCACGACAAUAUCAAUGCUUGUUGGUCUUCUUCCUCCUACUUCUGGGGAUGCUUUGAUUUUUUUUGGAAAGAACAUUGUCUCUGAUAUUGAUGAGAUACGGAAGGUUUUGGGUGUCCGUCCACAACAUGAUAUACUCUUUCCUGAAUUGACCGUGAGAGAGCAUUUAGAAUUAUUUGCUAUAUUAAAGGGUGUGGAGGAAGACACUCUGGAGAGCGUUAUUAUUAAUAUGGUUGAUGAGGUGGGCCUGGCUGAUAAAAUCAACACUGUUGUGAGAUCUCUUUCUGGUGGCAUGAAGAGGAAGUUGUCUCUUGGAAUCGCAUUAGUUGGAAACAGUAAGGUUUUAAUUCUUGACGAGCCUACAAGUAGAAUGGAUCCAUAUUCAAUGCGAUUGACUUGGCAGUUAAUAAAAAAAUCAAGAAGGGCAGAAUAAUUUUGCUUACAACACAUUCCAUGGACGAAGCAGAUGAACUAGGUGACCGGAUAGCUAUCAUGGCCAAUGGUUCUCUGAAAUGCUGUGGAAGCUCCCUUUUCUUGAAGCAUCAUUAUGGAGUUGGUUACGCUUUAACUCUCGGCAACCCAAGCUCAUAUAAAUUUCCCAAUUCAGAAAAGGCAUAUGCUGAUGCAGUGGAAGCAGCAGGGCCAACUUUGGGACAUGCUCUACUUUCAAUGAGUGAAUAUUUGAUGUCUAGCUUUAAUGAGUCCUACCAAUCUAGGUAUGGGGCAAUUGUGAUGAAUGAUCAAAACACUGAUGGAAGCUUAGGCUACACUGUAUUACACAACUUUUCUUGUCAGCAUGCUGCUCCCACCUUUAUCAAUUUGAUGAAUUCUGCAAUUCUUGGGCUUGCUACUCAUGACAUGAAUGCCACAAUUCAGACACGCAACCACCCUCUACC